CCUUAUUCCUUCUUCCACAAUAAACCACUUUCCUCACAUCAAUUUCCCUUCUCUCUAGAAGGAUUCAGCUUUAAACCUCUUUCAAUUGCUGCUAUAAUUUGCAAUUCGAUCGAAUUUCUCUCUCACUCCGCACCAAAAUCAGUCACUCAAAUCCCUGAUUCCGCACAAAUGUUUCAAGAGGACGGAUCAUCAUCCGUGACUUCGUCGCCGCUGCAAAAUUUUCCGAUGACUUCGCUAUCGCCAGCUCCGACGGCGCCACAUCCAUGGCUGAAGGAGCUUAAACCGGAAGAGAGAGGAUUGUAUCUGAUCCAUUUACUCCUCAACUGCUCCAGCCUCGUCGCCGCCGGCAACCUCGAGAGCGCGAACAUCGCCCUCGAUCAAAUCUCCGGCCUCGCCUCGCCGCAAGGCGACACGAUGCAGCGCAUCGCCGCCUACUUCUCCGAAGCCCUCGCCGACCGGAUCCUCCGAUCCUGGCCCGGCGUGUACAAGGCCUUCAAUUCCACUAGGGUUCCGGCCGCGGCGGCGGAGGAGAUCGCAACAAGGCGGAUGUUCUUCGAGCUGCUUCCGUUUAUGAAGGUGGCUUCCGUGAUCAGCAAUCAGGCGAUCGUCGAGGCAAUGGAAGGGGAGAAGGUUGUCCAUCUGAUCGAUCUCAAUGCUGCCGAGCCGGUUCAGUGGCGCGCGCUGAUCCAGGACCUCAGCGCCCGGCCGGAGGGGCCGCCGCAUCUCCGGAUCACGGCGGUGCACCACCGGAGGGAGGUGCUGGAUCAGAUGGCGCACGCACUGAGCGAUACGGCCGAGAAUUUAGAUAUUCCGUUCCAAUUCAACCCUAUUUUGAUUGAUAUGAAGGUUGAAAAGCUUGAUUUUGAGAAACUUCGUGUGAAAACAGGGGAGGCCUUGGCGGUUAUUUCGGUUAUGCAUCUUCACACGCAUCUAGCGUGUGAAGACGAUCCUCGUGGUGGGAGGAGCUCGAGCAAUGACUCAGGCUCCUCCUCGUCCCCGCUCUCCUCGCCCCAAUCCCCGGGCGUGGAGAGCUUCCUCAACGCGAUAUGGGGUCUUUCCCCGAAAAUCAUGGUUGUGACCGAGCACGAAUCUGACCACAACGGGAGACACCUGAUGGAGAGACUCUCGGAGUCUCUCCACUUCUACGCUGCGCUGUUCGACUGCAUGGAGUCGACUCUGCCACGAGCUUCGUUGGAGAGGCAGAGGAUGGAGAAGAUGGUGUUGGGGGAGGAGAUCAAGAACAUCAUCGCGUGUGAGGGGACAGAGAGGCGGGAGAGGCACGAGAAGCUCGAGAAAUGGAGCCAGAGGCUGGAGGGGGCCGGAUUCGCGGGCGUGCCACUUAGCUACUACGCGAUGCUGCAGGCGAAGAGGCUGCUGCAGGGAUACAAGUGUGAUGGAUACAAGAUUAGAGAUGAGAAUGGGAGUGUUGUGAUUUGUUGGCAAGAUCGGCCAAUCUACUCUGUUUCGGCUUGGAGAUUUAGGAGGUGAAAGGAUUUUUUAGGUUGGGUUUGAUUCUUCUUCACUAUUUGAUCAUUUGUAGAGGAGAAGUUGAUCACUUUGUUGUAUGUGCAUAGUAUUAGCAUGGUUUGAUUGUGAUUUGAGUUAUUUGUUGAGAUCAAUGUUUGUAGAUUGAACUCAAUUAUGCAGUUUGUGUGUUAUGGUAGAUUAACCUCUUAUCAAAUGUGAAGAAGAUUUCAAGAA